AUGCCGCCCAUCGUCGCGGGGAAGCACCGGCGCAAAGUUCGAUUCUCGUCCAGCAACCAACCCCCGCCAACUGCAUCAGACCCCGCCACCUCCCAGCAGAAGCGCCCAGGCACUAGUGUCAAACAUUCCAAAGUGUCGUCGGCACGCAUUAUGGCCACCCAAGAGUUACCUCGGGCCGGGAUCCCUGAGCUGUUCACGCAACCGCCCUCCGUCCAGGACCCGUUAGCCACAGAGUCUAGUGAUCUGCAGAGCGCGACUAUCGAGAAGUGCUUGCCAUUCCUAAAGGGGAUUCAAAGUUCCCAGCAGGGACCUUUCAACGCCCAUGGAGUACCCGCUCUCCAGCGCGACGAUCAUAUAGCCUAUCUCUAUGAUUCUCUCGAGGAUUACCCCUCGGGCUUUGUCAUACUUGAUGCCAGUCGGCCAUGGAUGAGCUACUGGGGCCUUGCUGGGCUUUUUAUGAUAGGAGAAGAUCCUACUCGCUUCCGUUCACGUCUACUCCAAACCCUACGGCCCGCACAGAAUCGCACGGGCGGAUUUGGUGGCGGGCACGGUCAAAUUUCCCAUCUUGCGGGUAGUUAUGCAGCCGUUCUGUCGCUUGCUAUUGUCGGUGGCGAGGAAGCCUUUAGCGUGAUUGAUCGACAUGCGAUGUGGCAAUGGUUGGGUCGGUUAAAACAGGCCGAUGGAGGCUUUCGCGUCUGUGAAGGCGGGGAAGAGGAUGUGCGAGGGGCCUACUGUGUGAUGGCCAUUUUGACACUGCUCGACUUGCCCGUGGAGCUACCCCCGAAUGUCGAGGCCCGGAAGGCCGGGCUCGAGAACUUGACUGAUGGUCUUGCGCAAUACUUGUCUAGAUGCCAAACCUAUGAGGGUGGUAUCUCCGGCAGCCCUGGCGUAGAGGCGCAUGGAGCAUAUGCCUACUGUGCGUUGGCAUGUUUGGCCCUGCUGGGUCCCCCCGAGGAAACUCUUACCAGGCAUAUGAAUCUCCCACUCUUGCUGUCAUGGCUUUCUGCUCGUCAAUACGCCCCCGAGGGUGGGUUCUCCGGCAGAACCAACAAGCUGGUUGAUGGAUGUUACAGCCAUUGGGUCGGAGGCUGCUGGCCCAUAAUACAGUCUGCCCUGGACGGCAAACCCCAGGCUAACGGGCCACCCUCCACGACCGUUGGGAGUCUUUUCAGCCGCGAGGGUCUGACCCGGUACAUCUUGAGCUGCUGUCAAGCCAAACAUGGCGGUCUUCGCGACAAGCCUGGCAAGCACCCCGAUUCUUACCACACCUGCUAUGUUUUGGCAGGCUUGAGCGCCAUGCAGCAUUACCAUUAUCGCACGGACAGAAGCGUGACCUCUGACAGAAAUUUUGCCUCGGCGUUCUCGUGGAAAUCGACUCCAAUCCGCGAAGGUAAUGUGUACGAGAAGAGCGACCGACUAGAGCCCCUUCAUCCUCUCUUUGGAAUCCCGUUCCCGCGGCCGACAAACUGCGGCUCUGGUGCGAAGCUCGCCCUUUGUCGUCCCACUCGGAAGAGGAGCAGGUGA